ACAGUUUCACUUCUAUACAGUCAUAUAGCCAAAAGAGCGUUUUAGGGUUUACUCUGCCCUCGCCUCACACCGUCCCAGUUGACCGGCGCUGCCUGCCUCUGCCACUGCUGAGAUGUGGUGCUUGGUAUUCCAUGCAGAAGCCUCCCACGCCCCUGUCCGCCCACGCCAGGAUUUGCGUCACGCAGGCGCGUGGGAGUGAGCACUGUAGCAACCGCGGAAUAUCCCAAUUUCAAUCGCCGGGGAGGAGGAGGUAGGGUAGCAAGCAGGCAGCUCACACUCAUCUAGUCUACAGACGUUCAACACAAUCGCAUUUCUAUUUAAGGAGGCGAAGGAGGGAAGGCAAACGUUGUCAAAGAACGCGAUGACUUUUUAGGCCAGAGAGGGCGUUUAUUAGGAAAUUAUAGAUCUACCGAUAAUUGUACAGUUUAUUCAGUUACAGUUUAUGGCAGUUCAGCCUAUACUGUAGCUGAUAGACUGUAACAACUAGAUAAAGGAAACGAAAGGGGACUAACGUUUUCCAGGCAUGGCGGCAGCGUUGCCCAGAACUCUGGGGGAGCUGCAGCUCUACCGAAUCCUCCAGAGGGCCAACCUGCUGUACUACUACGAGGCCUUCAUCCAGCAGGGAGGAGAUGACGUGCAGCAGCUCUGUGAGGCCGGGGAGGAGGAAUUCCUAGAGAUUAUGGCUCUGGUGGGCAUGGCCAGCAAGCCCCUGCACGUCCGGAGGCUCCAGAAAUCCCUGCGAGACUGGGUCACCAAUCCAACGUUGUUUAAUCAGCCCCUGACAUCUGUACCGGUGUGUAGUAUACCAGUCUAUAAGUUACCCGAGGGGUCACCCACGCCGGGCGGCGCGGAGCGAGGGGGUAACAACAGCGCCCGUGGCGAGACCCAUGUCAAGGUUCCCAAAAUCAUAGCUGCGACAUGUCUGGAUCCAGGAAAGCUGGAAGUGGCCAGGGACAGAGUGUCAGGGGGGUCUCCACUGCAGAGCGGCAGCGAGGGGCGCUUCUGGUCGGGUCACAGCAACGACAGCGAACAGAGCCUCUCUCCGUCCGACCGGGGGUCUCCGUCGUCCCCCCGAGAGGGUCUGGAGGCACUUGACGCUGCAGCUUUGCAGUCUGUCCUGGAGUGUGUGGACCGGAUAACCCCGGCCCUGUCCAAGAGCGACCCCACAGAGGUCAAAGAGCAACUGAAGACCAAUAAGAAACUUGCUAAGAUGAUUAGCCACAUCUUUGAUAUGAGUGAUGAUGAUCCAAGGAGAGCGGAGGAGGUCAGGAAGUAUAGCGCCAUCUAUGGACGCUUCGACUCAAAGAGGAGGGACGGCAAACAACUGACGCUUCAUGAGCUGACAGUGAACGAAGCAGCAGCCCAGCUGUGUAUGAGAGACGUGGUGCUACUGACCCGUAGAGACGAGCUGUUUGGUCUGGCCAGGCAGAUCUCCAGAGAGGUCACCUACAAAUACACCUACAGGACCAGCAAGUCUCGCUGCGGCGACAGAGAUGAGCCGUCUCCUAAAAGAAUCAAGACAGAGGAGAACUUCUUUGACAUCCAGGAGGCUCUGCAGGCCAUCCACAUGAGACAGGGCAUACUGAGAGAACAGCUAGCCUGCGCCAAGUCCAAAGGAGAGGAGAUAGUUGGGAGAAACCUUCAGGUGCAGUUGGACCGUCUGUUAGCCAGACAGAUGGAGAUCCUCCAUGAUGCCGCGGUACAGGAGAGGUUACACGCUCUGGAUUGGAGGAUACCUGCAGGGGCUUUGAAGUACCUCAGCGAGGCUCCAGGCACCAAAGGCACGUCGGUAGACAAAAGCACAGAGCACCAAGGUAACGACGAGCGACCAAUGAACUUGCGGGUGCCCAGUAAGAGUGUGGCGGAGGGGGAGCUUCCCCUGGGGAAGCAGCUAGCCAAUGAGCUCAAACGAUUCCAUAACAACCAUAACACAGAUGAGGCCAAAGCACCAGCAACAGAAAAUGGAUCCUCGCAUCAAGCGGCCAACCACACUGACAGAAAGACCAUCAAAUCAGAACCAGAGGAUUCCACAUAGUGCCUCCCAUCCUUCGUCUGUUUCCCCAUCCGGUUUUAGUCGUCAUUUACACUUUUUACACUAAGCAUCUAUCUCAGUCAAAUUAAUGGAUACUAAAGCAAGCACAGCCACAGUAGAGCCUUAACAAACCAACGUUGCCUCAAAAGAAAAAACAUUUAUUUUCUUUCAUUUUGUCUAAGGUUUUUGCCAAAGCGUCUAGAGUAGAGCAUAGAUUCAGUCACGGGGAAAACUGAACGAGGAUGUCCUUUCACAGGAUAACUUUCAUGCUGUAUAGGCCUUUAUGUAUUUAUUGAUUGAUGUGCAUGAUAUUAUUUAAGAAUGAUGGGUCGGGAAAGUAGCCUUGUACCACAAUCCUGAUCUCCUGAGCUUACAUUCUGUUUCGCUACAUGAAUUUGAAUGAAGAUUAAGUGAAACAAGAGCGGAGAGGUCAGGAUAUGAAAAAGAACAAGAAAAUACCCCAAGCUAUUUUUGGCUUGUCGUGUUCGAUCGGUGGGUAACUAUUGUACUGUAAAGAAUACAGUAGGAUUCUGUUUUAAUCAGAGGUGGAAAGAGAGCUAUCUGGAGAGGAGAAAUUAUAGUUUUGCAUCAUCCUACUGUAUGUACUGUAUGUAUUUAUGAGUGAUACUGUAAAUUAAACUGAGGCUGCAGAAUCUUUUGUGUAUAGAUCUCCAGUUAGAGUUCAGAUCAGUGUUAUGGGAUAGGUUGGCCCGGAGAUGGACUGGGACCAAAAAUCAGCCCUAUCAUUUAAAAAAAAAAAACUUUGAUGCCCCCACACCGGCCCAUUUCUUUCCUCAAGGCCCCCAUACCAGCCCGUUUUUCCCCCAUGAUAAUUGUGCACAAAAAAAACUGUUUAGACAGGCACACUAGUCAAAAAAAAAUGACCAGCCCAUCUGGCAUUUGCCCUAAAUGCCAGAUGGCCAGGCUGCCCGUGGGUUGGCCUAGACAAAUCGAGUUUCCUUGAUAAGUCUGUCAAACACAUGAUGUUGUACUGUAAGAAUGCACAUUUGAACCUCAACACAACAUUGAGUUACCCAUUGUAUUGAGUAGGGCCCCUGGUCUGUUAUUAGGGCUGGGAAUUGCCAGGGACCUCACGAUACGAUAUUAUCACGAUACUUAGGUGCCAAUUCGAUAUGUAUUGUGAUUUGAUACUGCAGAGCCAUGAAAAAAGAGCCAUGAAAGCCAUGAAAAAAGAGCCACGAAAGCCAUGAAAAAAUGUGUUUUGAUCAGUCAUGUGAAUAAAAGUUCCGAAAGGAUGUUAGCUCACCAUUUUAAAAGAAGAUGGAUAACAAGCUAUAGAAGGGGAAAUACUGGAGUUUUUGCGCAUGUACAGCUAACAAGCACAAAAAUAACAUUGCGAGAUUGUCCAAAAUAAUAUUGCGAUAUAUUGUCAAAAAGAAUAUCCCGAUAUGUAACUUCUUGAUUUCUUCCCCGUUAUAUUGUUGCACUCCAGAAAGUUGUGUUUUAAUACAUAUCUCACUGUAGGACCGACAGGGCCAAUUCGGCCUGUACAAUUACAAGAAUAUUUGCCUAAUCCCAAAAGCAGAGUUUUGUCAGUGUAAUGUUGGUGUCAAUCUCAGUACUGUGUUUAUGUGUGUAGAGCAAAAACCGAAUAACUGUCGUUAGAGAAAACAAGUGAAAGUGUCUGGUAUCAUAAGAUGUUCAUGUUACACAGCCUCGUAGUCUUAGAUCCUACCAGUGUUUCAGCUGUGACCACCAAUGUAUAAUUCAAGAUGUUUGUAUGUUAGAAUUAGCUCUCAGAUGGUUGUUUAAUGUUGUGUUUCCAAAUGUGUAAAUCUGUCUUGCUAUAGAGUCUGUUUGUCUUUUUUGGCGUCACCGCAGUCACAACAGUUUUGUAGUAAUAGUCUCUCUAGGUCAAAUAGACUGCAACAAAUGCAAUACUUUUGUAAGUACUGUUUAAGUACUAAGUACAUACUUUCUGGGCCCACUGUCUGUUCUGUUCUGUGCUAGGUGACUUCUCCUGUCCUCCUAAACCUGUACUGGUUUAGUUUAAUCAGUGUCAUGUAAUGUUCACAGACCAACGCAUGUCCAGCAGUGUGAUAGACAGCCAAGAUGUUGAUAGUACAUUGAUUCAUGUUCUUAUCACUGUUAUCGAGUUAGCCCAGGCUUGCCUACACAGUAGAUAUGCACCUGUUUUUUUUUUAAACACUAAUAUAUUUUAUUUGUUAUACAGCACAUAAACAUUAUUAAACUUUAUUUUUUAUGGUGGUUGUCUUUCCUUAUUCAUGAUAUAUAUUUUAUAUUAAUCUUAUUAUUAUGUCCUACGAUAAAAUAACAACAUUUAGAUUUUUUCAGUUCUUCUUUUUCUUUUCUUUUUUUCUUUUUUUACAGCUAGACAGCUAAACUGUUCCAUGGCAGAGAACCUAUACUGGUAUUUAUAAGGUAUAAUGAACGCUGACAGACUGAAUGUGGUCCAGUCAACAGUUUCUCUUCUUAAAAAAGAAAGGGAUGAUGAACCGCUGUCUGGGGUAAAGUAUUUGCAUCAGUGUCAUAUUAAAACAUUCUGAAACUG